CUCCCCCGCCCUGCGCGUGAACCCGCGAACCUCCGAGAUCCGUCCUCUCCGCGCGCGAGGGUUACCAUAACAACGCGGCCUGGUCUGCACUGAGACCAUCCUCGCCUGGCCCUGACCUGGCUCUGCCCAGUCCCCGAGACUCUCCCGUAACAGCCCGCCCUGAGAAACCCCCCCGUAACACCCCCCAUGCGGCCGAGAGACCCGCCCGUAACAACCCACCCUGAGAGACCCUCCCAUAACACCCCCCAUGCGGCCGAGAGACCCCCCCGUAACAACCCGCCCUGAGAGACCCUCCCUUACCCCCCAUGCAACCGAGAGACCCCCCCCCCGUAACAACCUGCCCUAAGAGACCCUCCCAUAACACACCCUCGUGCAACCGAGAGACCCUCCUGUAACAACCCACCCUGAGAGACCCUCCCAUAACACCCUCCAUGCGGCCGAGAGACCCUCCCAUAAUAACCCCCCCUCCCCUCGUGCAGCCAAGAGACCCUACCAUAACAAUCCAGCCUCUACGGUCUUGAGAGACCCUGCCAUAACAGACCAUCCUGAGAGGCCCUACGAUAACAAACCAGUCCCUCCUGCCCCCUGUGCUGCCGAGAGGCCCUUCCAUAACAAACCAGCUGCUAUGGUCCUGAAAGACCAUUCCACAACAACCCAGCCGUAAGAGACCCUACCAUAACAAACCAGCCCCGAGAGACCCUACCUGAACAAACCAGCUGCUACAGUCCUGAGAGACCCUCCCAUAACAAACCAGCUUCUAAAGUCCUGGGGGACCCUACCAUAACAAAGCAGCCCUGAGAGACCGUCCUGUAACAACCCAGCCCCCCAUGCUGCUGAGAGACCCUGCCAUAACAACCCGGCCACUAGGGUCCUGAGAGACCCUAUCAUAACAAACCAGCCAUGAAAGAACCUACCAUAACAAACCAGACUCCAGCACUCCCAAGAGACCCUACAGUAACCCAACACCUCCGUGGUCCAGCACAGCCUCCCCACCCCACCAUCUCCCCUGGCCGUCACCUCUUUUGGGCGGGGACCCACAUCUCACUCCCUGCUCCCCCCACGGGGCGCCUCCAGGCUGCGUAGCUCCCUGCCUUCCCUGCGUGCUGCCCAGCAGAGACCGGCUGCCUGAGUACUCCCGCAUGUCUUCUUGUCCGAGAUGGCUGUGAUGGGGGUCUCUCCCCCGUGGUGGAUGUGGUCUCUCAGCAGGGGGCUGGCAGCUCGAGGGGCAUCCCUUUCACCAUUGAGUUUUGUGGAGCUCCAACACCUCCCAUCUGAUCCAGGAGCCAGCCAUGUGGGGAGCUGCCCAGGACAAUGGAGAGAGACCCCCUCGAUCCCAGUGUCACCAUGAGACCUGUCGCCUUGAGCCGGCUGCUGGCGGGAACGAUCCUGGUCCUGGUCCUGGGGGACCCCACGGCCGCCUGCAGCUGUGCCCCCCAGCACCCCCAGAUGGCGUUCUGCCAGGCUGACGUCGUGAUUCGGGGCAAGUUCAUGGGGGUCAUUCCACUGAACUCCAGCAGCAGCACCCAGAAGUUUGAGUCCUGGAUUCGCUACAAGAUCAAAAUCACCAAGACCUACAAGGGGCUCGAGUCACAGGGGAAUGGCCUCUUCAUAGACUCCUUGGAGCAGGAGACCUUCUGUGGGUACCAGCACCGGGCGCCCCUGAACAGGGAGGAGCAUCUCAUCAUGGCCGAGCGGCAGGACAAGCGCCUGAUUAUUUCGUUCUGCUCCUUUGUGCGCCCCUGGGGGCGCGUCACCCCCAGCCAGCGCCAGGGGAUCAGCCAGGCCUAUGGACGGGGCUGCGCCUGCCAGGCGGUGCCCUGUGAAUUCAGGCCCUGCGCGCUGUCGGGCGACACCCAGUGCCUCUGGACCGACGGGCUGCUGGACCGGAGCUGGCAGGGGCCCCAGGCCCAGCAUCUGGCCUGCCUGCCCCGCCCCAGCAAGGGGGCGCCCCCUGGGGCCGACCCCUUCUGCGCCUGGGAGACCCUCAAGAGCAGCCGCACCAAGGCUACAGCAAACUGCCCUGGACUGUGCCCCCCCCGAAACACCCCCUGACCUCCACCCCAAACCCCGGAACUGUCACUCCCUCUCCCUUUGACCCACCCCGAACUUUAUUCCCCCACCCGAGCUCAGGCU